GCUGGUGGUUAUUACAGUACCACAGAGGAAGUGGUGACAUCCUCCAUUUCUCUGACUUUAUUCUAUCGUUGACGCCACACUUCAUUGUAUUGAAUUAAUUAUUAAUGUGUUGCUAUCAUAUUCAUUUUUUUGUUUUGACCAAUUGAUAAUUUCACCCUUAAUCUCUGUAAAAACAGAAGAAAAGCUAAUAAAAAUUAUUAGUGCUUAUUUCUCCUCGAUUAUCCUAAAUGAGUUGUCCUGGAUGAAAAGAAAACAACAAAAAAAAUAAAGGAAAACUUUUGUUAAAAAAAAAACGGUUGUCUCCGUAAUAUUUUUGAAUACUGCAGUUGUUCUGUUGGAAAUUAUUUGUUUUUGGAAUCAAAGUUAUGAGAUGAUGUCGAACGGUUCAAUGUAUUCCAGUGAGGAUCUUGUAUAUAUUAAUUGAAUACAGUGCUGUAUUUUGAAGCAUUCAUUCCAUGUACUCGUUGUUACAUUUAUGUGCAAUACCACUCCCGUGCGAAUGAUGGCAGACGAGGACCAUGUGAGCAGAAAGAGCCACCGGCCACACGUUUCUAUCUUCGAGUAAUGGCAGUAUUUUUGGUAAUGAAGCUGUUCCUGGAGCAGUUUGGCAGUUCUCAUGAGCGCUACAAGCCAGGAAAACCCACAGCUGGCCGGCUGUUUCAGGAGCAGGAGUUACCCGUACUGUCGACCGAGCGACACACAUCAGGAUGGACAUUUCCUAUCACUGCAUAAAGGCUAACCUGAAUUAAACUAUGAUCACCGCAGGGCUGAGUCUGGAAUGCCAGUUACCAGCGACGGGCUCGAUAUGAACCUUCAUUUUCGGACAGCCUCUGAGCCUUCAGUGUUGGAUGAUAAAAUUCAAGUAAAAAGUCAAGCAGAACCUGAGCCAGGAGAAGAGAUCCACGUUAUUCCGAUCCACCUGCGCCCGGACCUGUUGCUUCCCUGCGCUGACCUGGUCAACUCCGAGUGGCACAGGAGCCAGACCGCCCGCGUCCACUCGCUGCAGAAAUCCUGCCCGGAUUUCCCCAUCUGUCUGGUUCUCCUGCGGGGUCCCAGAAAUGUAGAGAAGGUGCUUGGACACGCCCGGCUGUCAAGAGUCGUAGGCCACGGCGGCAGCCUGUUUGUGGAGUCGGUGGUCGUGUCGAAGGCAGAGAGAGGCAAAGGCUACGGGCGAACUCUGAUGAAGAAGACUGAGCUUUUCGCUAAAAGGGAAGGGUUCAAACGAUUGUGCUUGACCACCCACGAUAAGCAGCACUUCUAUGCCCACCUCGGCUACACGCUGUCCACACCGGUGCAGAACGCAGGAUCCAUGGCGUCAUUUGUUCCUAUGGAGAUGCUUCUCAGGUUCUCCGGGAUCCAUAAUGGCGAGGUUAACAUGCAAAAACAAACAGAAAAGGUCGAAAAAGGGAACCCAGUUGGGUCUACUCGACCUCCUCCUCCUCCUUGUUUCCUCCCUCCUCCACCUCUGCCCUCUGUCAUACCUCCUCCUCCUCCUCCUCCACCUGCUUCCAUCCCUCCUCCAGCUGAAGGAGUACCUCUGAUUCAGACUCUCACAGAAACCCCCUACAGAGACGCAAAGGGAGCAUCUGUGUUUUGGAUGCACAAAGACCUCUAAAUGGCACCUGCGGGGGUAAACAGUCUAAAUAAA